CCAAACGAUAUUAUCCCUUUUCCUCUUCUAAAUUUUGUCAAGGAAGAAAAAGAAAAUAAAUUAUGGACUACCGGAACCACCUCCGUCCUUGACCGUCUCAAAAUUCUCAACUCUCUACCGCUAUUAACGGCCCCAGGGAUAGGGUUUUCUUCUCUUUGCAACUCUACAAUCAGGGUUUGGAGUUUGAUUAAAGAGAAGGCCACCCAUGUCUUUUCUCUCUCCCACUUCUUGUCCAUGGCUGUUGUUCGUCUUCUGCGUUUUAGGGUUUGGGUUUGGGAACGCUCUUAAGCUCCCUUUUAGAGUCAAUGACGUGCUUCCGGUACUGCCCCAUCAGGUUUCGUGGCCGGUUCUCAACAAUUUUCAUAGUGCAGUGGAUUUGUUGCCUUAUUUUGUUGGAUCUGUUUCUCCGGGCAAUGGGACUAUUGAGUGGAAAGGAGCUUGCUUUCAAGGUAACGAGGCUCACAUCGAGUUCACCGGCGGUGUUCGGGAACAACCCAUUUUGGGAGGUGGUGUCCUUCAUCUAAAGACAUCCGAGGCCCAUAGCUGGACCUGUAUGGAUCUUUAUGUUUUCGCUACACCAUACCGGAUAACAUGGGAUUACUACUUCUCUGCUCGAGAACAUACACUAAAAUUUGACUCAUGGGAAGAGUCUGCCGAGAUGGAUUACGUAAAGCAGCAUGGGGUUUCUGUAUUUCUCAUGCCAUCAGGGAUGCUGGGAACCCUUCUUUCUUUAGUAGAUGUUUUGCCUCUGUUCUCCAACACUGGCUGGGGUCAGAAUGCAAAUAUAGAUUUUUUGAAGAAGCACAUGGGUGCCAAAUUUGAAAAACGUCCCAAGCCUUGGCGUGGAACUAUAGAUCCUAAAGAUGUUCACUCUGGUGACUUUUUGGCAGUUUCAAAGAUCCGUGGCCGGUGGGGUGGAUUUGAGACAUUAGAAAAAUGGGUAACAGGUGCAUUUGCUGGCCAUACAGCCGUGUGUUUGAAGGACAAUGAGGGCAAUCUCUGGGUUGGUGAAUCGGGACAUGAGAAUGAAAAGGGUGAAGAAAUUAUAGUGGUAAUUUCUUGGGAUGAAUGGUGGAACUUAGCACUUGAGGAUAAUUCUAACCCACAGAUAGCCUUGCUUCCCUUGCACCCUGAGUUGCGUGUAAAAUUCAACUCAUCAGCGGCUUGGGAAUAUGCUUGGAGCAUGUCUGGAAAGCCAUACGGAUACCAUAACAUGAUAUUUAGUUGGAUCGACACUAUGUCUGACAACUAUCCUCCCCCUCUCGAUGCUCACCUGGUUGUUUCUGUCAUGUCUAUGUGGACUAGAAUGCAGCCUGCGUAUGCUGUGAGUAUGUGGAAUGAAGCUUUGAAUAAGCGGCUUGGGACCAAUGAUUUGGAUUUGUACGAGAUUCUAGCUGAGACUGAAAAGCGGGGGUUAGCAUUUGAUCAACUGCUUGCAAUUCCAGAACAAGAUGAAUGGGUAUACAGUGAUGGAAAGUCUACAACAUGCGUUGCUUUUAUCCUUGCAAUGUACAAAGAGGCUGGAAUCUUUGGGCCAAUUGCAAACUCUAUUCAAGUUACUGAAUUCACUAUUCGUGAUGCAUAUAUGCUUAAGAUUUUUGAGGAUAAUCAUACACGUCUGCCAAGUUGGUGCAACACUGAGAAUGGACGACUUCCAUUCUGCCAAAUCCUUGGCGAGUAUUGGAUGGAACUGCCUGAAUAUGACACAGUUGAACCGUAUGCUCACAUGAAUGAGAACUGCCCCUCGCUUCCUCCUAACUAUGACAGGCCUGUUAAAUGUUAAGUAGCUCAAUUGUGUUUAUUAUGUAGUUAUUACUUGUACAAUUUUUAGUACGUCUAGGAAAGUAACCUCUGACAUUUCGACAAGCAUUUUGUGUUUUCUCGUUUUCGCAACAUUUAUGUUUAUCAGUAUCUGUAUAUAAUUGCCACCUAGUGCUGUUAUUCAGGUCUCCUAAGAAUAAUAGUCGAAAGAGAAAGUUGACGUUA